ACUCAUGAACAACCAUCACAAAACAAAAAAACAGUCAUGGAUCAUCCAGGUAACCAAACACAGUAUUAAGAAUCAUUGGUAUGUAAACUUUUGAGCGGGGUCAUUUUUAUAUAUAAAAAAUAACAUGCAUUUUGUAUUGUCCCUCUUAUUUUGUUAAGAUUUUGCAGAUUCUGCAAGGGGUAUGUAAACUUUUGAGCACGACUGUAUAUAUAAUUUCAGUGACAUUAAAUCAAAAUCAUGUUUGCUGAAUUCUGUGACCCUAGUAGGAGCUGUAGUGAUGAUAGGAUUAGGAUUGGGAUUAGGAGUAGGUCAGAUUAGCUCAAUGCAGCACCUACUAGGGUCACACAGUUCGGCACAACAGUGUUCAUUAUUACUCAGCAUUUAUGUAAUAAUUCUGUAACAAAUUUUGUAUGCUUCUUUAUGUGAUAAACUCUCAGGCUUAUAUAUUGUUUCAAGAAUUUGUCAGUUAAUUUAUCUGAAUAUAUUUACCACAAGACAAAAUAAGUUACACCAGUCAUUGUAUUCAAAAGGUUUACAUCCCUUUGGUCAUGAAUAUAGUGUGUGUCACAAGAUUUAGAGGCAGAGACAAGAUGAACUCAACAUAUUGAUGAUGGAUGAAACACUGACAGCACUUACAACACUUAUAAUGACAGUCAUUAGAUGGCAGGUGAGACGAGUACAUGAGGAAACCAGAUGGAGGAAGCAAACACAGUCGAGCAGACUAUGGAGAACAGACGAUGAGGGUUGAUGACACAGUCCUGUAGUCAGUGAGGAGGGAGUCGUCGGGGGCUGAAAACAACCCAGACAUCAGAUGACCAAUCGUGGCGAUUUCUGUGGUCAUUGUACAGUCCAUGGAUUUUUUAAGGGCAUGUCAUUUCCUGUCCUCUCUGUUGCCCUUAGCAACGCGGUGGUCUUUGGUUCCUACAGUAAUGCCCUGGAUUACCUUGACCCGUCUCACCGCAGCAGCUCUGACCACAGCGAGCGCUCGCCACUCACAGCUGUCUUCACGGCUGGGUGCUUCUCUGGUCUAACACAGUUGUUUGUUACAGCUCCGAUAGACCUGGUCAAAGUGCGUCUGCAGAGCCAGACGACGGGUUAUAAAUACAGAGGCCCCACACAUUGUGUAGCUGUGAUCUUAAGAGAGGACGGGGUCAGAGGGCUGUUCAGAGGAAUGGGAGCUCUUGCCCUACGAGACGUGCCGUGUUAUGGACUUUACUUCCUGCCGUACGAGUUCACCUGCAGGAUGCUGACUGAGAAAGGGAAGCAGCCAGGUAACAAUGCUGUGCUAGUGGCCGGUGGCGUUGCUGGUGUGGUCACAUGGGCCUGCGCCACACCUAUGGACGUGGUCAAGGCUCGACUGCAGAUGUCUGGAGGCGGCGGGCGGGUGUACAGCGGUCUGCUGCACUGCAUUACUGUGAGUGUGCGUGAAGAGGGCGUGAGAGUGUUCUUCAAAGGCCUCCUUCUGAACAGCGUGAGAGCGUUUCCUGUCAACGCUGUGACCUUCCUCAGUUUUGAGAUGCUAAUGAGAGCCAUGACUGACUCCUCCCAGGACUGAGCGCUGCAGGGAUAUGAUGUGUUUUUGUAGGCCAAAACCUGGAAACCAGUUCACAUUUUAGUACUCCUGGUUCCAUCGUCCUGAAGUCAGUGGGUUUUACCGCUUUUACAGCCUCGAUGUUUUAGUAAUUGUCUUAAACUGUUCUAACUCAAUGGUGGUGAUGUUGAAGUCAUGUGACUGUGUAGUUUAGCUUUUUACUUCUGGCGAUUGUAAUUAGGCUUCAGAACUAAUUUAUGAAGAUUAUCAUGAUGAACAAAGCAUGUAAGCAUCAUAAACAUUCAUUGGUCACAGAGUUUAUUUUCUGCAAUAAUCCAAAACCCAUGGGAAGAAUCCUAUUGGGUUUUUGUCGAGGGAACCAGAUACAAAAAUACAUCAUCACUGCAGCGCUCAAUUAGUGCCUUUACAUAAGCUGUUGACAUCACAGUGGUGCUGAUUUUGAUUUAUCCCAGUGACUUGAAUGUGUUGAUACUGUUCACCGAUUCAUUCUGUGACUCUUUCUGUAGGUUACAUCAUUACACUAGAAACUAACAACCAGUCAGUGUCUUCUUAUUAUUAUAAGUUACGUUUAUUUAGCAAUUUUACCUUUGCUCAGUGAAAUUUUGCAGGCAAAAUACAGCCAUUUCAAUAGGAAUCUGUGCGAACAGAAAGCUGCUUGGUUUGAAAGUGACUUCUAUGUGAACUUGUACAUCUCUACCCUGUGUUAUCAAUAGACAAUGAAACUUUUUUGCACACAAAACUUUGCUGAAGUCAAUGAAUGGAUAUGCGGAUAAGGAGGCGAUCAGCUGCCAAAAAGCUCAUUUGAAACAAUAAAUUUGUAUUUGUAUUAUGUGCUGGUUAGCAUAUUUUGUGACUAGUGUGCUAAAUUUGCUUAUUAAACCUGUCAUGAACAUGUUAAUCCAGUCAAA